AUGGCGUAUAACGGUAUAACUCCUACGGUUGUGGCAGGAAAGAUAAAACCGACUCGUAUACCAAUUCCUCCUCCUAUGAAAAUUGAAGAUUUGAUGAAGAAAAUUGCACAGCUAAAUCUUGAUCAAAAUAUACUGAAAAAUAUAACACCAAACAUCACAUGGAAGGGGAACCCUCUGUUUAUAGGAAAUUCAAUUCACUACGAUCUAUUACAUCCAAAAGAAGCUCUCGUGGCUUCAACUUUACGUCUCACGCCUCUUCAAUAUUUAACCUAUAAAUUAAUUUUAAUUUCAUCUGCAAGAGGUUAUUCGCAACGAUCAUUCCCGUUUCGUAAGAGUGACGCACAAAAACAUCUGCCAAUAGAUGUCAAUAGAUCAAGUAAAUUAUGGGAAUGGUUUACGCAAACCGGGUGGUUAAAAAUAUAAAAGUUAGUAUUUAAGG